ACUAUCAGUAAAGCAGAAUGUUAGGGGUGGGGUGGGCUGAAAGUUCACAUGCUAUACAUUUAACGGAUCUAAACACAGACCUCUGAUAUAAUUCAUGAUAAUAUUUCCAUCCCGUUCGAAAGUGAAACAACAACUCAGUCUGAGCAGAGGAAGUAUUUCUGUUCCUAGAAAAAGAACAGCAGAACAGCUUGCAGGCUGUGGGAGAACUUGUUGCAGAACUGUUGAAGAAAAGUUGACAUCUCAUCGUCCCUGAGAACACUCUCCCACAGCUGUCCCCCUCAAUCUCACCACCAAAUAUUUCUUCACGUGCCUGUAAUGGCCAACUCCACAGCACAAGCACCUAGCGUAGACUCUACUGAAAGUAAAUCUGAAACAUCACCCAUAUCUAUUAAGGGACCAUAUUUUGAAGCCAUAGUUGCAGUUGUCAUUGCGGUGGUAGUUCUGGUCCUGAUCCUCCUCCUGGCCGUCAUUCUGCGAUACAUGUACAAGCACAAGGGCACAUAUCAUACCAAUGAAGCCAAGGGCACAGAGUUCGCAGAGACAGCAGACGCUGCUCUGCGUGGAGACCCUGCCCUGCAGGACGCCAUGGAUGAGAGCAAGAAAGAGUAUUUUAUAUGAAACACAAUAGCUGGCCCUUUAUUCACGUCAUAGGCUCACAUGAUGCCUCAAUCCUGUUUGCUGGAGCAGUGAAGUAACUGACUGAGCUCCCCGCAAGCAGAAACUAACAAGAAGAGUAUUCUGAAAUUCCUCUAUAUUUUAAUAUCUGAGAUCAUUUAUAUUUAUUUGUUCCUGAAAAAGAGAUAACAGUGAGCAUACAUGAAAAAAAUAGAUGCUGCACUCCUUGUAAGGCUGAGUCUGAACAAACAUCAGCUCAGGAGAAUGUGAGGAUAUUCAGACGAAGGGAAGGAAAGUCUUGGAUCUUAUUAGACAAGAUAUGAAUGUGAAUGAUAGGUGACAUUUCAGGACAUUUAAAUGUAAAAUUUAAAGAACACUGUAAAAAAAAAAAAACAAGAAUGUGAAAUUAAAGCUGCAGUAGGUAACUUUUGUAAAAAUAUAUUUUUUACAUAUUUAUUAAACCUGUCAUUAUGUCCUGACAGUAGAAUAUGAGACAGAUAAUCUGUGAAAAAAAUCAAGCUCCUCUGGCUCCUCCCAGUGGUCCUAUUGCCAUUUGCAGAAAGUCAUGCGCUCCCUGUAAAAAAUAACCAAUCAGAGCUGCGGUCCGUAACUUUGUUUGUGUUCAAAAUGUAGAAAAAUGUAUAUAAUAAGCGAGUACACCAUGAAUCCGUUUUCCAAACCGUGUUUUUGGCUUGUCCUGAAUCACUAGGGUGCACCUAUAAUAAGUGUUUAAAUUCGGACUAUUUUAGAUUGCUUCGGGGGUACCGCGGCGGAGUAACCCAGUACCUUUGUGAUUCUUCAUAGACAUAAACAGAGAGAAGUAGUUCCGGCUACGAUGUUCUUCCGCAAGACGCAAGCACUUCUGUUUAUUAACCGCUAGAGCGUCAAAUGUUCCCUACCGCAGCUUUAAUUGGUCUCAUAUAUAUAUAUUGUAUACUGUAUAUGCCAUAUAUAAGAAUCAGGGAUCAGAUUCUUCUUUCUAAGUAAGAAGUUAAAUUCAAAAAAGUUUAUUCACUUUCUUAAGAGCAUCUUAUUUUUUAAAGAUGAAAAGAUCUCUGGUGUGUCUGAUUAUAUGGCAGUUCUUGCUAAAGACUCACUGAUCAACUUAAUGUAAAACACCUCAAAAGCAUAUCUGCCUGCAAAUUAAUGUAAUGAUUGUAAUAAACAUUUUCUUCCUGACUGACUUUACAGGAUUUCAGUACUCAAUCUCACAUUGCCAUGUAUUUACUGAGCCUGUCUCAAAAUUGCACUCCAUCUUUCUUGCACUAGGACAUACAGCUCAUUAAGCAUAUAAGAAUAUAUACAUAUGAAAUAGGAAGGAAAAUAAUCCAAUAGGAAAAACAGUGGAAGAAUAGCCAUUGGGUUAUUAGAGGCAGAAAUAUGUUAUAUUUCUGCCGGAUCCUUAUUAUUUACAUACAUUUACAUGUAAAUAAUCCUUAUUAUUUAAAUACAUUUACAUGUAGUCAUUUAGCAGACGCUUUUAUAAAAAGCAACUUACAAAUGAGGACAAUGAAAGCAAUCAAAAUCAACAAAAGAGCAAUGAUAUACAAGUGCUAUAACAAGUCUCAGCUUAAAUGCAGUACACAUAGCAAGGGCUUUUAAAUAAUAUGAAAAAAGUUAAAGUGACUUUGUUCUUCUUUGGGAUGGCACAAUCAACCGACGAUCACUUGCAGAAUUCAAGCUUCUAGAAGGCACAUACAGUAAGUCAGAAGUCAUGAAUUUAGGUAAAUGGGUGCAGAGCCGGUGGUAGUUUUGUAGGAAAACAUCAAUGCCUUGAAUUUUAUGCGAGCAGCUAUUGGUAGCCAGUGCAAAUUGAUAAAAAGAGGUGUGAGGUGUAUUCUUUUCGGCUCAUUAAAAAUUAAUCUUGCUGCCGUGUUCUGGAUUAAUUGUAAAGGUUUGAUAGAACUGCUGGAAGACCUGCCAAGAGAGCAUUGCAAUAGUCCAGCCUGGACAGAACAAGAGCUCGAACAAGGAGUUGUGCAGCAUGUUCUGAAAGAAAGGGCUUGAUCUUCUUGAUGUUGAAUAAAGCAAAUCUGCAGGAUCGGACAGUUUUAGCAAUGUGGUCUGAGAAAGUCAGCUGAUCAUCAAUCAUAACUCCAAGGCUUCUGGCUGUUUUUGAAGGAGUUAUGGUUGAUGUGCCAUACACUCUCACCUAAAGGGUGCAUAUUAUUACCUUUUGAAGGAGAACCACCCCAGUGAUGGCUUUUGUGCCUUUAUUUUUGAGAGUGUAGGUGUUAACCAUGUGCAUCAUACUGAGGUGAUUCUAAAUAUAACAGUUUCUUCUGCUUGUGAAAAAAAAAAGAUUGUUGUAAGAAUAUCUAUAAUGUAAUUGUUAGACUGAACUAAUAAAAUAUUUGCUGGUAAUUAGAAGUAGUAGAGUAAGUCAGUGGAGUAAAUAAAUGAGGACAAAUAUAUGCUUCAGAUGCCUUAACCUUUUUUUUUCAUAUAUGUUAAUGCUUUAGCAACAAAUAAAAUGAAUUAUAUUGCUUGUU